AUGAUCUUGGACUUUAGUACCUCGUCAGGGGCCCGCGUCAAGGGCCUGUGUCAGGGGCCCGCUUCAGGGUCCUGUGUCAGGGGCCGGGCCCCUCAGGAGCUGAGGUUCCACACUGGUCUGGGAGCUCACAGCUUCAUUUAUUUACCAACCUGUGGAUUUCUUCAUCAUCUUCAUCAUCAUCAUCAUCUUCGCUAUAUCACCUUCAUCAUCAUCAUCUUCAUCAUCAUCCUCUUCACCAUCAUCAUCAUCACCUUCAUCAUCACCAUCAUCACCUUCAUCACCAUCAUCACCAUCAUCACCAUCAUCAUCACCUUCAUCAACAUCAUCCCCUUCAUCAUCACCAUCAUCACCAUCAUCACCUUCAUCACCAUCAUCACCUUCAUCAUCAUCGUCAUCACCAUCAUCACCUUCAUCAUCAUCACCAUCAUCACCAUCAUCGUCAUCACCAUCAUCACCUUCAUCACCAUCAUCACCUUCAUCACCAUCAUCACCUUCAUCAUCAUGGUCAUCACCAUCAUCACCUUCAUCAUCAUCACCAUCAUCCCCUUCAUCAUCAUCGUCAUCACCAUCGUCAUCACCUUCAUCAUCACCUUCAUCAUCAUCAUCAUCACCAUCAUCAUGAUCAUUAUCAUCAUCAUCAUCAUCAUCAAAACAGCUGAAACAUCCCAUAAUUUCUCAUUUCUAAACUCUCCUGACCGGUCCCCUGCCUCACGAAACGACCACGCUCCAGUUGGUGUGUGUCUGGGCCGCGGUGGCGAGCAAACCCUCGCCACGCCAAACCCUCGCCACGCCAAACCCUCGCCAAACCCUCGUCACGCCAAACCCUCGCCACGCCAAACCCUCGCCACGCCAAACCCUCACCACGCCAAACCCUCGCCACGCCAAACCCUCGUCACGCCAAACUCUCGCCACGCCAAACCCUCGUCACGCCAAACCUCGUCACGCCAAACCCUCGCCACGCAAAAAACCCUCGUCACGCCAAACCCUCGCCACGCCAAACCCUCGCCACGCCAAACUCUCGCCACGCCAAACCCUCGUCACGCCAAACCUCGUCACGCCAAACCCUCGUCACGCCAAACCCUCGCCACGCCAAACCCUCGUCACGCCAAACCCUCGCCACGCCAAACCCUCGUCACGCCAAACCCUCGCCACGCCAAACCCUCGCCACGCCAAACCCUCAGCAGAACGUUUUUUGUGGCCCACUUUCACCAACAAUCUCUGCAGGUCUAA